AUGACAAACAUGUUCCAGAGUGUUGCCGAAAUUGAAAUUCCAAAUGACCUUUCGGAUGUAGACAAAGCCGAAUUUACGGCUUUCAAACUCGCUUUAGUUGAUCUCGAAAAAGAAUGGAAUCAACUUCAAGAUGGAACUAAUCCAGAUCAGCAAACUUGCCUUUCUAUAAUUAAUGAUGUUAAAGAAAAGAGAAUUGCUCAGGCAGAUGAGCGCUAUAAACUUAGAACAGAGAUUAUUGAGAAACAGACUGAAAAAGAAAGAGAAAAGAUUAAACAAGAACAAGAAGAAUACAAGAAAUUAUUAUUCGAACGCCUUGUAAGAUCAUACUAUCAAGCUUACCAAAGUGUUACAGCACAGCUUAAAGAUUUAAUGGGAAAGGAUUAUAGCCAAUACAUAUCUCAAAAUGGAAUCACAUUUCCAAAUAUCCCAAGUGAAGUUCAAAUGCGUACUAGAAUGCAGCCUAACGAAGAAGCAAAGAUAAAAUUAACUCCGGCUGAAAAUGAACAUGAUAUGCGUCUUAUCCAACAGAUAAUUCAAGGAGCUGAUCAGUAA